AUGUUUGCUGGGAUGAGGAGCACUCAACGUGUCGAGGGUAUGAAUGCAUAUUUCAAUAUGUUCCUAGAACAAAAGGUAAAGUUGUACGAAUUUGUAGCACAAUAUGAUAGGGCUCUUGCUAGGAUGCGUGUUAAUGAGGCAGAAACAGAAUCUAAAACAGAGAAUAGUUUCCCGGUUUUGACUACGCCAUUGAGAAGUUUGGAAAAACAUGCAGCUGAGCUCUUUACUCGGAAGAUUUUUUCAUUGUUUCGACGUGAAAUCAGCAAAGAGGGUAAACUGUUUGUGAUGGAAAGAGUUGAGUUGGAGGAUCGUCGCACCUAUCGUUUUGGUGAGUACAAGGCACCAACAAGCACAUGGACGGUUGAGUAUUUUCCAGCAGAUAUCACAAUAAAAUGUUGUUGCUUGAAGUUUGAAUCGUUUGGCAUCCCUUGUUGCCACAUGGUUGCUGUCAUGAAAUCUGAACAAUUAAUGUGUAUUCCACCGAGUUGUGUCUUGAAGAGAUGGACAAGACGUACUAGGUCAGGAUAUCAACAACCAAGUCUUACCCAAAUUUCUAGCACCCUAACACAGACAGCCCGAUUCGGUAUACUAAGCUCAUGUUUUAGUGAAAUGUCAUAUUAUGCCUCACACGUAGACAACGAUUUUGAAGAGGCAAGGGAAAUGGCUUUCCAGAUGACAUUGAAGAUGAAAAAGCGCUGGGCAAUGCGAACAAAAUAUAAUACUGAGGUUGGCGACAAAAAUAUUGCACCCAAACUAUGUGGCGUUGGUGAUCCUAAUGUAGUGAAGACCAAAGGGAACCCUGGAGGGACAUCUUCUAUGGGUAAACCUCUAAAACCAAGGCGUUGUGGGUAUUGUAGGAGCAUCGGACACACGAAGCGAACAUGUAAAAAAUUGGCUUCAACUAGCCGGAGAGAGGGUAGCAACUCAGACAUUGAAACAUUCUUGAACACAGAGUUGGAGCCCCACAUGGAAGAUAUUGAUGAACCGACAAAUUCUCAACUGAGCAUCGGACACACGAAGCGAACGUGUAAAAAAUUGGCUUCAACUAGCCGGAGAGAGGGUAGCGACUCAGACAUUGAAACAUUCUUGAACACAGAGUUGGAGCCCCACAUGGAAGAUAUUGAUGAACCGACAAAUUCUCAAGUGUAG